AUGCUGGGAGUGAACUGCACGUAUAUUCGCCAGAACCUAACUCCUUCGCCCGUCUUCGUCACUGUUAUGGGCUCCUUCCUCAGCUGCAUAGACCGUCGCAGAAGGAGCGUGAUUCUCAUUCCACGACCAGCAUCGCCACCUACAGGCAAAGUCUCUGCUACAUCCCCUAUAACGAUCACCGUCCGCAGCGGGGCGCCUGAGCGUCCGAUUGCACCCAGAGUACGCUGCCGGUGGUGUAGGAAGCUCAAAGAUACAGCCAGCACGACAGACGGCGUGGAUAUCGAUACUCACCUCGUUCUACCAACACCGAAGUCACACGAUGCCAUCUCGCCCCGAACGGAGGAACACAGUUACGGCUCGCAAGAAGUAGAUGCGAUCUCGCCCCAGCCGGCGCUGAGCAACCACGCCGGGCGGAAAUCGGAGCCCUUCGAUGCAUCCAGGAACAGCCCCUCGACAUUCCCCAUCAUAUUUCCUUAUCUAAGGGCAAUGGUCAGCUACACCCUUCGACUACCAGCCGCCGAACCACCGGCGGAGCUACUCCACGCCAUCAGCACCACCUUGAACCACCGCGCAUCCCCCGCUAGCCGCAGCCCGCUCACGCAGCUACUCAUCCGCAUCACCGAGACCGCCCACGACAUCACGGGCGUCGACGUCACAACGCAGGCCAGACAACUCUACCAAUUUACGUGUGCCGAACUGAUCGAGGAUGUUUUUCGCUACCUGGCUCCCCACUACAGAGAAUGGUUCCCGCAAUCCCUGACCCUUCGUUACUACGACCGGACAGUGGGCUGGAAUGCCGGCGGCUUGAUCGGGUCGCAUGUAUGGUUGGUAGUACCGGGCAGACGGGAAUACGACUUUGUCGAAGAGGCGGCUUACGCAUUCAAUGUUGCCAUCGAGUUCUGGGAUAAGGAACAGCCGGAAUUCCAAGUGUGGUUGGUGUCGGUACAUGACGGAAACGCCGUGGUGGUUAAGGUCACUUCCCCGAGAGCAAUUUUGGAGACCCUGGAAAACAAAAGAGUCGCGAAAGCGGGGGAGGUUCUCCGUCCCACGGAUACUAUUCGCGUCGAGGCUGGCAUGGAAUAUAACAUGUCGGACAAUGAUGACAGGGUAGCACUAGUGCAGGCACUGGCCAGCCUUGUGAAUAUUUCAGAUGAUGUGAAUGGUUUGGGAUACCCUCUGGAAAGGGUAUAA